AUGGCCUCGAGCCCGAAUAGCACCGCAAACCUCUACGACCCCAUCGAGGUCGCUCGGGCGAAUCCGUACUUCAAGCGGAACCACAUGGGGCAGGUGACCUGUACGCUCUGCGGCAUCUACUGCCCCGAGGAGAACAACUUCCUCAAGCAUAUCGCCGGCAAGACUCACACGCUGCAGCUGGAGCGGCGCCAGCACAAGGAGCUGCGCCACCUUCGGCUGCAGGAGGAGGAGCGACUAAACACUGAGGCGGAGGAGCGCGCACGUAAAGAGGAGGCGCUACUGGCGCUGAGCGGCGGCCCGGUGGCGGGCAGCAGCACUGGCGCGUUGAGCUCGGCUACUGCUGCUGCCGCUGCGAAUGCCCGCUUCGGUACUCCGCUUUACUCCUUCCGAACGGAGCACGACGAGGUAGCGUAUCGCACCAAGGUCUGGGUUGAGGUGAUAUUCACACAGGCCGAGGAGGGUACACGCCCGCUUCACCGCUGGCUGUCUGCCCGCGAGCAGCACGUUGAGAGGCCGGCGGACGACUACUUUGUCUAUCUACUCUUUGCCUGCGAGGGGUACGCCACCAUUGCGCUGAAGUUUCCUGCAAAAGUGAACCGCUCUCAGCCGCGAGACGUGCUGGAGGAGACGGACGGCAGCACGUCCGAAGCGUACUGGUGCUCCUGGGACCCCUUGAAAAAGCUCUACUCGCUUUUCUUCGUACUCAGCCGCUAG